AUGUUUGAUCGAUAUAAAAGUAAGAAGGUUGAAGAUGAUAUAGAACUGAAAGCCAUAGUAACACCGGCACCCCUCAUUCUUAAACCCUUUGCUGGUCUGUACAAACCUUAUCCUUAUGGAUGUUCACUCCUGUGCAAUCAUCCCAGAAAUAGCGAUUCAAAGGAAUUGGUAAAAAGAGCGAGAGAUGCCUGGGCUACGGAAGGGAAAAAUAUACUUCUUGUGGAAGAAGUACAAGCAAUACGUAAUAAUUUGGAACAGUUUAGAUUAAAUCCAAAUGAAAAUACUUAUUCGAUUAUAAACGAUGAAAUUAAAACAACUAUUGAUAGUGUCCCGGAGGAAUUAUUUAGAAGGUACACAGACACAGACUCACGACCUUUAACCCCUGCCCCAACUUUAGCUAGUGCAUACACAAGGGCGUCGGGUUCCCGAAGAUGUAUCACACCUGAUCCCACUUUUAACGCAGAAAUAAAAGAAAAAACAAUGUUAAUUUUAGAUUUGAGAAGGAGUCAUAGUCAAGAAACGUUGUCGUGGUAUGGCAGCUCAUUAUACCACGAAACACCCUUGAUAAAAAUUUUUCCCGCCCCUUUAGCUGACGGUGGCGGUGGAUCUUUGCGUUCUACAAGAAGUCUAGGGGACGACAAUCGCAAAAAAUUGAAUAAAACGCGAUCAAUACCUCCAGGAACCAAGUACAAAGAUAAACGAGAUAAGGCUCUUCUAGAUGUCGUAGAGACGAAGAAGACUGCAGAAGAUGCAGAAAAAAACCAGAAGGGAGCUGAAGACGAAGAACCGCUUAAAAGAAGAGGGAAAAGAAGAAAGAAGAAGGGGAGGGAUUCUUCAAAAGGACCUCCAGCUUUCCAAAGCUCUUUGGAUCCUGAAACACAGGUUGAAGAUGAUAUAGAACUGAAAGCCAUAGUAACACCGGCACCCCUCAUUCUUAAACCCUUUGCUGGUCUGUACAAACCUUAUCCUUAUGGAUGUUCACUCCUGUGCAAUCAUCCCAGAAAUAGCGAUUCAAAGGAAUUGGUAAAAAGAGCGAGAGAUGCCUGGGCUACGGAAGGGAAAAAUAUACUUCUUGUGGAAGAAGUACAAGCAAUACGUAAUAAUUUGGAACAGUUUAGAUUAAAUCCAAAUGAAAAUACUUAUUCGAUUAUAAACGAUGAAAUUAAAACAACUAUUGAUAGUGUCCCGGAGGAAUUAUUUAGAAGGUACACAGACACAGACUCACGACCUUUAACCCCUGCCCCAACUUUAGCUAGUGCAUACACAAGGGCGUCGGGUUCCCGAAGAUGUAUCACACCUGAUCCCACUUUUAACGCAGAAAUAAAAGAAAAAACAAUGUUAAUUUUAGAUUUGAGAAGGAGUCAUAGUCAAGAAACGUUGUCGUGGUAUGGCAGCUCAUUAUACCACGAAACACCCUUGAUAAAAAUUUUUCCCGCCCCUUUAGCUGACGGUGGCGGUGGAUCUUUGCGUUCUACAAGAAGUCUAGGGGACGACAAUCGCAAAAAAUUGAAUAAAACGCGAUCAAUACCUCCAGGAACCAAGUACAAAGAUAAACGAGAUAAGGCUCUUCUAGAUGUCGUAGAGACGAAGAAGACUGCAGAAGAUGCAGAAAAAAACCAGAAGGGAGCUGAAGACGAAGAACCGCUUAAAAGAAGAGGGAAAAGAAGAAAGAAGAAGGGGAGGGAUUCUUCAAAAGGACCUCCAGCUUUCCAAAGCUCUUUGGAUCCUGAAACACAGAUAUCUGCAAUCGGUCAAGAUUCUGGAAAUCCCAGUAAGAGGCCAUCGGUGUCAUUAAAUGAUGCCGAUAUUGGUAAUGCAAAUGGUACCACGACGAAGAAUUCAGAAAAUGUUCGAAAAAGUUCGUUGGAUGUGGAUUCCUUUUUAGAUAAGGAUGUUUUAAAGCAUUUACGACGACAACUCAAUGAAGAAAUUGUCGACUGUGAAUUUGAUAAAAAGAAACGAAGAGCUUUGCAAGAAGCUUUGAAAACUGUAAACAGUCAAAAAAAGGAUUGCGAAAAACUCCAAAAAUUGAAAGAAGAAUUAAAUUUACCUCCCACAAAUACAGAAUUUAUACUUUCAUUACCACGAAUGUUUUCUCGAUCCAGUGCCAGAUUUGAAUUACCAAUGGACAGUCGAACUUUUGAGACCCUAACACCUCUAGAAUAUCUAAGAGAUAAUGUUGUGAUAAGUAGUGCCAGAAAACUUCUUUAUAAAUGUGUUUUUAAUAAACACAGGCCUGAAGAUGACAUUGGGCAAAAAAGUACGAGAAGGGUAAUACUGGGAAAGGAUUUACCACGAGCCCUUAAUGAAACGAUGAGCAAAAAAUUGUCAGAUAUCCAGGAAAAAAAAUUAAAGGAACUGUUGGAAUGGAAGGACGAUGAAGAGUAUGAUUUUCAAACAUUUUGCGGUGUAUCUGCCCUCUGCGAAAGGCUUUUGGCCCCUGAACUUGCUGUUAACUUCCCAUCAAGAGAAGAAGACCCUUGUCACGAAUUAGAAAAAGUGGACUUCGAAUCAUUAUCAAGAAGAUUAGACGGGAUGAAUGCUAAAAGCAACCUUGUUAAAAUACUGUAUGCAAUUAAAGACUUAUAAGUAUUAUUGAAGAAAAAAUUAAUUUAUAAGACGUUAAGUACGCUUUAUAUUGUAUUUGUAUGUAUUUUUUUUAACUGUAAUAGUUUGGUUGUAAUUUUAUAUAUGAAAGAGGAAUAAAAAAUUUAGUCACUUUUGUUUAAGGUUGUCCUUUAUACCUUUUUAAACAUUCAAUUUAUUACAGUUAAAAUAACAGUUGCAGUUUUAUGAUUUUGUCUUGGGAGUAGAGGAACAAAAAGUAGCCUAAUGAUUUCUCUGGAUAUUGUUUGCUUCCUUUCUAGAACUUUUAAUUUCUUACAAUUUGUGUAAUGAACAAAGUUACAUUGAAGUUUGUUUCUUAUUUCCGGCCAAAGAAAGAAAUUAAAUAUAAAAGAAAAGGAGAAACCUAAUUCUUUAUAUUUUAUUUAUUUCACCAGUUAAUAAAAUAAAGAAGUGAUAUCAGAAAAUUCAGUCAACAGUGUGUUUAAUUUAUUUAAUGUCAUAUUAAUUUGAUAGUGUAAUUAAUUGGUUUUUUUGUUCGUUUCUACAGAGUGGUCAACAAGUGAGAGAACAUUGAAGCUGAAUUUCAUUCCUACUUUGUUUGCUGUGGACCUUUACUCAGUUGAUUUUUGGCAAAGAAAUUCUCUACAACAUCAUCGUUCUUCUAGUAUUUGGUCUGCUUUUCACACUUCCAACUUUCUACAGCUAAUUAAGGUGAGAAUACACCACAGUUAACAUUAUUAAUUGCUCAUUUACUAAUCUAUUGCCACCCUAUCUGUUUCAGAUCGACGGUGGAGAAGACAAAGAAGAUCCCAAAGUUAAAAUAGUUCUCUAUCUUGCAU